CAAUUAUGUCAUUGCCACAGUAGAACAGCAGGUCAGUGACGAACUUCAUAAUGGAAAACAAUGAAUGAAAAGAGACAAUUGCUUGCCAUUUUCUCAGUAAUCUGUAUUCAGAAAAAGACAAAUGUCCAAGUCAAUGGAUAUACCUGAUGCUGCAGCUUGUGUGACGUAUGAAAGCGGCAUAGUAGCAUAUGAAGAACUGCCAGAGGACACCGACGAUCCAGUAUGGGUGCUUGGCGAGAAGUAUGAGACGGUGGGACUAGGAGAUAGGAAGAAGGCAAAGAAGGACAUUGCUUCUAGAGUAUGGAUAACAUACCGGAGAGGCUUCCCCCCAAUAGGUGGUACGGGUCCUACAUCAGACACUGGCUGGGGCUGUAUGUUAAGGUGUGGUCAAAUGAUGCUAGCCCAAGCUCUUAUAUGUAGGCAUUUAGGACGAGAUUGGAGAUGGCAGCAAACACAGCAUGAUGAUAUAUAUUUUAAAAUUCUAAGGAUGUUUCUAGACAAAAAAGACAGUCCAUAUUCAAUACAUCAAAUAGCACAAAUGGGGAUUGGUGAAGGCAAGAGCAUAGGCCAAUGGUUUGGACCAAACACUGUCUCUCAGGUCAUACGUAAACUAUGUGCCUUCGAUGAGUGGAGCGAUGUUGCUGUACAUGUUGCCCUUGACAACACAGUUGUCAUUGAAGAUAUAAAAACACUGUGCAUUAGUAAUGACGUCACCAGUACCCCAUCCCCAAAAGGAAAAAGCAAAAGUGGCAAAAAGAAAGGAAGUGCUUGCUCAUCUAGUCAAAUGAAAAGCAAAAAGAAAUGGAAGCCACUGGUUCUGUUCAUCCCGCUGAGGCUAGGCCUUAAUGAGAUCAACUCGGUGUAUGUGAAAGCACUGAAGAAGUGCUUCACGCUGAGCCAGACCCUGGGUGUGAUUGGGGGCAAGCCAAACCAUGCACAUUGGUUCAUUGGUUGUGUCGGGGACCUACUUCUGUACCUUGACCCCCACACGACACAAAUACCGGUAGUCGAGGACAAAUGGGGCAACAUAUCUGAUGAUUCCUACCAUUGUUAUCAUUCCUCUACAAUGCAAAUUAAAGAUUUGGACCCUUCAAUAGCUCUUGGUUUUUUCUGUAAAGAUGAGAAUGAUUUUGAGAAUUGGUGCGAAGUGGUCAGUGAACUUGUGACCAUAGGUGACCAUAGCCCAGUAUUCGAAUUAACAAAAUCAAGACCUCUACAUUGGCCCCCAUUUGAGGCACCAGGUUCACUCGACCACAGCAUUGAUACUUCCAGUAUGCUACAUAUUGACAAUGAACAUAUAGAGAUGGACUCUGAUGAUGAAUUUGAAAUUAUUAAUCCGUAGGAAAUAUCUGACACUUUGUAAAGAAAGAGUAACCCAGGGAAAGUAAUCUCAUCCACCAAGAAAAUUAGACACUUUGGUAAACAACCUUAUUACAAGAAUGUGAUUUCUGAAUCUGUGUGGAAAAUGUAGCUAGAUUUCAAAUUACUGAAUCUUGUUGGAAGGUGAUAUGCAGAGAAAAUAGUUGUUGUAUCCAUCCAGAAUAUUCACUAGCAGUUUGUGUUGAAUGUUUACGAUAUGAUUCCUGUUAGAUUCUGAAAACGAUGGAAUUGAUGUGAAAUACAUCUGCCUCUGCAAUGGCAGCCAUGUGUUAAUGGAAAAAUGUUUUAACUGCAGUUACUGUUAGAACUGUAAGUUUAGCUGUCAAUUUGCGUGUUCUGCAAAAAUAAGGAGUGUACACUAAGAGUUUUUACUGAAGCUUGUCCUUAUUGCUUUCGCACUGGCACUUAUAAAGCUCAUUUUUUUGUUUGAAACACCUUCAAGCCAUCCACUACCAAUCCUGUUACACCAGCUCAUAAUGGGAAAAGUGCUAACUUAUGAUCACUCAAAAUCAAGGUGUAAAAAUAGAAAUGCGCAACACAUAUCCUUUUGUAAUGCCAAUGCAUUUGAAUCAACUUUUAAAUUUAAAGCUUUUCUUGCGCACAGGAUAUCUUCAUAUUUUGUUAUAGAAUUUAAUUCACAUAGGGAACACAACCUUGGCUGAACCAGUCAAUCUUGACACAAAGGCACUCAUGCAUGACCUUGCCAUCCAUUUUUUUUUUCCUGUUUGAAUACUCUUACUUAAAAGUCUGCACACUAAAUUUUCCUGUAGCUUAAGCUCUCUCCGCCCACUCAAAUUUUAUGUGACAAUAAAUGUGAUAUGCCCAUAUUUGGAUGUAAUAAUGACAUCAUCAUGCCCAUAUAUGGGAACAUCACACCAAUUUGUCACAUAAAAUUUGACAGUGUGGACAAGGCUUAUGCUUUCAAACAAAAUAGGAGUAGUUGGCGCACUGGGUGCUGUUUAGGCUUCAUCAGGGUCAGGGUUCGUCCCCACCUCUACUGUGAAUUUUCCUUAUGGCAAGACACUUCAAUUGUGUUUUCUCUCCUCCAGGAGUAUAAAUGGGUACCUGUGGCAUUAAAUACAUGUCCGUGUAUCAUACACCACAGCUAGGUGUUCCCCCAUGGAGUGGAAAAGUUGCACUUUUGUGCUGGUCUGCCAUUCUAUGAAUUAAAUGACCAGGGUAAGAACGCUUUGAGGCUUUGAAUUUGUAUCAGGCACAAUGUGAUUUCUGAACUUUGUUGGAAUUAUUAAGAUCACAUUGGCUGAACUAUCCAUCCAUAGUUGAUGAUGCACUUGCACAACCAUUCUGGAUAUUUUGUUGUAUAGUAAAUGCAAACCCAGCAUUUCCAUGUUAGAUAGUGCUCUUCUACUCAAGCAACGUGCUCAAACAAUAAUUAUUAUGACCAAAUUAUUUAUUAGGUUAUAUAUUUUGAUGUUUCAUGUUUUGUUUUGUUAUAAUGGCGAUAACUGACAAUUGAUAAUUCUGAUUCAACCAAGUAAUUUUUCUAAAAUUGUUUAUGAAUAAUUUGUUUGCAAUUGAUUUUGUUCUUAUCAUCACUUUUGUCAUCAUUAUUUUUUUUUUAUUGAAUAUUGAUGUAACCGGCUUAUUUCAUGCACAUUCAUAUCAAUGUUACAAUGCACUUACACAUGUUGUUGAUUGUUGUUGAUUUCAUCAGUGACAUCACUUUGUCAAAGUCAACAGGAGGGAUGUAAUGUAGGUGUGAAUUGCAUGUUAAUGUAGAAUGGGAUAGUCAGGGGUGAUGCUGGGACUUGUCUGACUUGAUGUCUCCAAUAGGUGGCCUGGAUUAAUUUUUGAGUUCCACAAACUGUAGAAAUUACAUAGAGUUGUUUUUUUCUCUAACUCUGGCCCCUUGCAACUGGUGCCAUCCCUGGGGUUAAUUAUUGCAGAAACAUAUUUAGAGACCAAAUGGUGCUGAAUGGAGCAUUAUUGAAUGACUAAACUAAACUAAAAAAUUGUGUUCUUGCGGGUGAGAUUAGUAAACCAUAUAGAACUGCUUUAUUUCUUUUCAGGGUCUGUCCGUUGAUCUGGGCAAAAUUAAUGUACAAAACAUGUUUUUUAAACAGUACAAAGAAAGGGAUUAUUUAUUCUAAAUAAAAUGUGGGCUCAAACAUAGAUAAUUAGCGUAAUUCUGAAAGAAACAAUUGAGUGUGAGUAUAAAAUUCACUGUCUUAGUUGAGCUAAUGAUUAAACUAUAUAAUAAAUGUAUAAUUAAAUAUUUCAAUUGCUUGCUUUGUGUAGUAAAGUAAGUAAUUAGCUUUCAAAUGAAAUUAGAAUGAGAAAAUAUUUUCCGUGACAAUAUAACAGAUGAUAAUACCAGUAAUAAGUCUGUCCUUUUUCGCACGCACUUAAAGUUGCUGGUAACCUCGUCAAGGAUUUCCAAAGUAAAUAUUCAUCAGCAAAACUUGCAUUGUUCUUGAUCAGUGUCCUGUGUCAGAUCCAAGAUUUUUUUUUUUACCAGAGUGGCAAAUGAGGACCUAUGGUGAUGGGGUUGAGGAGGGGUGGUGGUGUCCAGGGGUAUUCCCCCUAGAAGCUGCAGAGUUUCAGCCAUUUUAAUGUUUUAUCUAAAUGAUUUUUCACUUGGUUAGAGUAACUUUAGCUGUACUUUAGAGUAACUUUAGCCACCCCAGGUUCUGCCACUAUAGUGAAAGUUGUUAACUUGAGUUACCUUUUUAUAAAAUGUUUUUCAAGAUUGUACCACCAUGGUACCACCACCAUGGUGGUACCAUGGUAGCCAUCUGAGUUGUGUCAGAGGGCAACUUUUUGAACUGGAUGUGGUCAUAACUUUUGACCAUCACAUGCUGUGUUGUUACUGAAGGUAUUGAUUCAUGCACCAAUAUUAAUUUGUGGAGUUCAUAGUGAUCUUAGUUUUGGUCCAUAAAUUUAAUACAAAGGCAUACAAGAUAAUAUACCGUAAAUGAUUGAAUGAGCGCUGCAAGAAUCGAUAAUGGCGCCUAUUUCAUACCUGGAGCUUAUUACAAAUGAUUGUAGUGGUGUUUCCCUUGUCGCUUUAUCAUGCAUGCAUGAGAGCAUAAUCUUGGUGGUCUAUAACUACAACAUUUACAGUUAUCUUAUAUUUUUUUUUUUAUUUACUGUAAUAACAGUUUGUUACAAUGAACAUACAUUCAUUUGGAGUUUAACCUGCCAAAUGAAUAUUUCUUGUACUUUCUGUGAUAGCAAUUGCAGUCAAAUUUCUUUACUUAUAAAAUAAAUAUAUCUCUACUACUAAUACUCUAGCUACUGAGCUUUUUUACCCCUGUGUGUAUGUUUGAUGUAAUAAUAGGCAAAAUCCUUUAAAUUUUUACCAUAUGAACCCAUUUUCAUGGCAAAAAUAUUCUCAGAACAUAAAUAUGAACUGUUUUAUAUGUUGAAAUGGUACUAUGUGUUGUACUUGUAUACCUAUUUGACAACUUAAGAAAUACUGUAAGUUGUUUAUUAAUGACCUGAUUGGUAAUGUGUUCUUGAUCGAUCAAAUUCCAUGACUUAUUCAAAAAAAAAAAAAGAAUGCUAUAUUAGCGAAAAUAUAUAAGUUGUCUUGGUGCUUAAUCAAAAGAUGAGCUUAAUCAAUUAUUUAUGGUUUUGCAUAAACAGAGGCAUUAAACAGAACCAAAGCUGUCGUCUGAAACUCGCCUAGUUCCAUGGUCAGGGCUGACUAUCAAAAUAAUUUUUUAAAAUAAGAUAAACAUUUUGAUUUAAUUUAGUAAGUAUGGUAAUGUAUUUUACCAUUGAUUUUAUGUAAAUAAUACAGAUAUUGGGUGAAAUU